AUGGCUUUCCAGGCCCUUCUCUCUACAGUCACAGCGGCGUUGGUGAGCGCAUCGUCCAUCCAAGCGUACGUGCUGCCCUUCCAAGCAAAUGCUGACCACAAGGGAGACCUCGCCGAUGCUCAGGCAUUCCAACUGUUCGGGCGAUCCCUCUACGACCAGCAAGGUUCCAUCUCGGUGCCCGUCUACAAGAGGCAUGGCGCACUCCACCCCGAUAUCGGCAAGCGUGAUCCCGAAAAGACCAUGAACUGGGCUCUGCGUCAGGGCGAGAUCAUGAGGACCAAGUUCGGCGCAUCCAGCACACAUCAGAAGCGUCAAACCAUCGGCUUGACCGAUGUGGGUCCUGACAGCUACUAUUACGCUCAGCUCUCGGUCGGAACACCCGCACAGAACUUCAAUAUUGUUCUCGACACCGGAUCGUCCGAUUUCUGGCUCGUUGACUCAGAUUGCGGCGCUGCUCAGAACUGUGACUCUGAUCUCAAUAAGUACAACGCCGGUGCUUCGUCCACCAACAUCGGUUCUAGCACCCCAUUCACAAUCGAGUAUGGAACAGGGGCGGUUCGUGGCACCCUUGCCGCCGACAAAGUCUCGUUAGCAGGCUACACGGUCAACAAUCUCACUUUUGCUGAAGCAUCUGCCGUUGCCUCCAACACCGUCGAGUAUCCCACAUCCGGUAUUAUGGGUAUGGGCUUCCAAUCUCUCUCCACUAGCGGUGCUACUCCCUUCUGGCAGGUCCUUGAGAAGCAGGGUGUUCUUUCCCAGAACCUGUUCACCUUCCAGCUUGCACGAAACAUUGACAACAUCAACCCCAACGACCCUAACAUCAACGACAUUGAGAGCCCAGGAGGUGUCUUCACUCUUGGCCAACUCGACUCAAAUCAGUACAGUGGCGACAUCACCUACACCAGCAUUCCCAACAACCUUCAGAACCAGCAGGGUCUCGGAUACUGGACCAUCCCAAUGGCUGGUAUCACCGUCAACGGCAACUCGGCCAACAUCGGUAACAACCCCCUUGCUGCCAUCGACACCGGUACGACUCUCAUUGGUGGUCCCGCUUCCUCCAUCCGAGCCUUCUACUCGCAGAUCAGCGGUGCUCGCUCAGCUGCCUCCGCCGGUAUGCCCGGGUACUACCUCUUCCCAUGCACCACCAACCUCAACAUCCAGCUCACUUUCGGUGGCAAGAGCUGGCCCAUGAACUCGCAAGACUUCAACCUCGGUUCUUUCCCUUACACCAACUCGCAGACUUGUCUCGGUGCUCUUUUCGAGAUCGACCUCGGCUCCACGCAAUACGGUGUGCCUCAGUGGAUUGUUGGUGAUUCUUUCCUCAAGAACGUUUUCUCCGUCUACGAUGGCACUGGAAGGGUUGGCUUCGCUAGUCUCAAGGGCAGCGAGGCUCAGGUGGCUUCCCUCACUGCUGGAGCUGUUUCUUCGCAAACCCCACAGGCUACUUCUGCUGGCUCAGAUUCCAGCAUGAGUUCUCUUGGCGGUGGCGGCGGCGGAGGUGGUUUGCCCACUCUUACCUCUUUCGCUACUCAGGCUACUGGCACUGGCAUCUUUGGUGGAGGAAGCCUUCCUGUCCCCUCGGCAUCCAGAGGUGUUGCUACUUCCAACCCUUCGCUAGUUGCUGGCUCGAGCAAUAGCGGCAGCGGUAGCAGCAGCGGUAGUGGUAGUGGUAGCAGCAGCGGUGGAUCCUCGUCGAGAGCUAACUCGAUCGUUCCUGCCAUGGUUGUUGUCACCGCUGCUUCGGCCGCUGCCCUCUUUGGUGCUUUCCUCGUUCUCUAA